AUGAUGCGUACAUCAUUUUUCCCUACCCAUUUGCCAUUUGCCACAGGUCUUUCUGUAGGAGUUCCUGCACAUCCUUUGUACAAACACCUAGCAUCCGCUUUGUACCAGUCCAUAUCAUCUGGCGCCUUCUGUAGUACGUAUAACAAUAUGACAUUGAUUCAUGAAGACAGUUCCUUAAAGCAGAAGGAGGAUCAGUGGAUUAAAUCGAUUAUGGAGAAUGGAGCUGAGCCAAUAAAAAUGCUGCAAGCUGUCAAUUUUGAACUUCAUGUUCAGGAACCUUUCUUUUCCCAGCUCAAUGAUGGACUGAAAACAAUUGAAGGAAGAUGUGCUGUUGGUGACUACAGCCGGUUUGGCUUAUUUAGUUCUUUCUAUAUAUAACAUGCAUUUUGCUGCCAUUUUUCCAGAUUUUGUUUUUCAUUUGUCCCUCCAUAAUUAUAGCUUCUUAGUGUUUUAUUUGUCCCCACCAAAUGCAAAAACUAUGGAAUUGUCAAAGUGCCACCUAAUUUGGUUCCAUAUCAUACCCUGAAUAACCAAGCACGACUAGUGACUCAAACUGCAGCAAUUUUUAACCACGAAAUGAAUUUAUUUAAUUAGAUAUACUUCAAUACAGGGAUCCUUCAGAAAGAUAAGAGAGUUUGUUAGAAAUCAACUAAGCUACUAAAUUUUUUUGUGCAUAUGUAAAAUGGUUUGUGGGGUUAUGGGGAUAGGAAUUCCUACACACCUAAGUUGAAUGUUUAAGGAGAGCUUGUAUCUCAAAUUAGAUGCUUAGAGCUACCCAAGGUAGGUCAAUAUGAUUAAGGGAUCUCUACACUCAUUUUCAAUUAGUUUUGGGCAAGGAUUAAAAUAUCAUUUCGAAACGGUCGAAACAUCCGAAACGUUUCUGUUUUCAGGGAG